AUGUUGUCCAUCACAUUUGUCCUGCCCCUAUUAUAUGCUCUCUCCGUUGCUACAAACGCAGAUGAUGCGAAUGCUACCAUUAACUCGGCUGUUGCCAGUGUUACAAAAUCUCCAACUACAAAUGUGAACAUUUGCUGCAAAGCUCUCCAAUUGGCAUUGGGUUCGAAAGUUUCGGACCCAAGUUCAUCAGCGUACAGUACAUUUUUGAACAAUUUCUAUUCCCAUCAAGAAUCACAACUGUCUCCAGGUUGUAUUGUAUCACCAACAUCCACAAUAGACGUCUCAAUUUCAGUCGGUAUUCUGUCUAUUCUGGGAAAACUUGCCAAUUGGAGUCCGUCAUGUCAAUUCGCUAUCAAAUCCGGGGGCCAUGCACCAGGCGUAAGCCAGGCCAACAUCAAUCAAGGAGUAACGAUAAAUUUGAGUCCUCUUAAUCUCAUAGAUGUUAGCACCGACCAGUCUGUGGUAUCGGUGGGUCCAGGAGCAAAAUGGGGAGAAGUUUAUCUCAAGUUAGAUGCUUUACAACUUGCUGUUCCUGGUGGACGAGUCAACUCAGUUGGCGUUGGAGGAUUGACCGUUGGAGGUGGAAUAUCCUAUUUCUCUCCCAGGAAAGGAUUCACAUGUGACAAUGUCAAGAACUUCGAAAUAGUCCUUGCAAGCGGUAAAAUUGUCAACGCAAAUGCAAAUCAGAAUCCAGAUUUGUAUCUGGCUUUGAAAGGCGGCUCCAAUAAUUUAGGUGUAGUUACCCGAAUCGAUUUCUAUGCUUUUCAACAAGGCAAGUUGUGGUGCGGUAAUAUUUUGUAUCCAGCAACUACCGCGGACCAACAGAUCAACGCUUUGGCAGAUUUCAGCAGCAACCUAGCUUAUGAUGAGUAUGCUUCUUUGAUCACGAGUUUUGCAUUUCAACCUAGCAUUGGCUCCGUGGUUGUGAAUAACAUUGUAUAUACUAAGCCUUUCGCAAAUCCGGUAGUAUACCAGCCCUUCACGGCAAUUCAGCCUCAAUACUCCAACACUUUGAGAAUUACAAAUUUAACCGACAUUGGAAGCGAAACAGGAGGCACAUUUAAUCAAUUACGAACAUUAUUCAUAACAACAACAUUCAAAGCCAGUAAGCAAAUGAUAAAUGCAACUUACAGCACCUGGAACGCCGCUCUUCCCUCCAUUCAAUCACUCUCCAAUAUUACCUGGUCACUAUCAUUUGAACCAGUUCCCGUUAAUAUUCCCGCGAAAUCAGCUUCUGCGGGUGGAAAUGUCCUUGGUGUAACUCCCGCGGAUGGUCCACUAAUUGUUGCUCUUCUUACUGCAACAUGGGGCAAUAUCGCCGAUGAUACUGUUGUUGAUAAUACUGCCAAAAACAUGUUCGACACGAUUGAUGCGUAUGCCAAGACAUCUGGAUUCUACAACGACUGGCAGUAUCUGAACUAUGCGGCGAACUGGCAAGAUCCGAUUGAUGGGUAUGGAGCGGUGAAUAAGGCGAAGCUUCAAGCUGCAAGUAAGAAGCAUGAUCCGCUAGGUAUUUUUCAGAAGGGGGCUACGGGAGGGUUUAAACUCUUUGUUUAA